UUUGCCUUCACGCGUUCCAUCAUGUCUUCGGCGGGAAUCUCUCUAUGGCGUCGAUUGGUUAUGCGCUUGCGCCGCCCAUCUUAUUACGUUGGCCAAGACUUUGACGGCAAUCGUUUCUAUGAGUAUCCGAGUCUGCUGGACGACCCCCGUCCGCGACGAACUGUGAAAUACCGAGAAUCCGAAGACGUCUGGAAAUACAUCGGCGGACAGAGGAAACUUUCAGUGCAAUGGUCAGCUUGGCUAACGCAUACACGACCAGACCCCCCGACACCAGAGGAACUGCAAGCCGAUCUUAUUCGGCGAGAGCGCUUGAGGAGAAAUGUCGCAAUGAUAGAAGCUCGAGACAAGGCCGAAGACCAGCUACGUCUGGCCGAAAUAGCUUCUCUGCAACAACAAAUACCCUCCCCGCGCAAUGCCCCGCCUCUUGCAGAACAUCCGGACCACUCGGAACCGCUCGUCUUGACCUCUGAGACGGCCUCUGCGCCCUCCGGGCGCAAGUCCCGGGAUAUGGAAGAUACGCGACCAUCUCCCCCUCCAGAGGAAACACAAGCGUGGUCGCCACAAACGGUCGCUCGAGGCGGGUAGCACUGCUUGUUCUUACGGUUACCAUGGACAGUCAAAUGUACCAUGGUUUGCCUCGAAGCUCUUCCUAAUACCAGAAGAUAGCGACUCAAGCGACUGCAUGCAUCAUCUCAGCAUCCAAAUCCGCCACUUGAACUCUCGGGUCUAUGCUAAUGGAUACAAAAGCACGACUCGGAGCUGGCCCGAAAUAGGGGACAUGUGCCCCACGGAGAUUUGCUGAACGGUGAAUGAACGAAUGAACGAGUCGACAGAGAGCUCCUCUUGUUACGAAAUGCCAAUCGCGCAAGUGGACGACUGGCACAACGGAAGGUCGAUGAUCAAAGUUCUGAAUAUGAUGUCAAGAUCCAAGCCUUGGCCAGCCAUGUAAGAGAUCAAACUAAGAGAAUCCAACAGACUGCAAGCUAUAGCCCAGAGAAAUAGAGAUAAGACAUUCAGAUGAUACAAAAUAAGCGUGUUCGUGUGUAAACGCCGAAUACUACAAUGAUUCCCCGAGAUUAGCCCUCAUACGUUGUCUGACAACGUCUAAACUAUCUUUCAAAGACUUGAUGUUCGUUUGUCCUUUGAUCUGAGAGGCAUGAGCACCGAGCUCUCGAGAUUCAGGGACACGCACCAGCCAAGCAUCUAAUGCAGCGGGACCGUGCAGUGCUUCGCGUCGAAUUUGUUCCUUGAGGCAGGAAGAGCAACGAGUGAGCCACGGGUAUCAAGAAGACAAAGACAAGCACCCACGUCUGACAGUCCCAGGCCAGUUAUAGCCACGACUUGUGCACGUCAGAUGCUGGAUUGACCUGAGGAGAUCAACUUACUGUAGCAAGGAGGCCAGCCUCGCGCCCGUUCCACCUUACGCAUCUCCUUCGCAGCGGUCUGUUAUAAAAGUCAAGCAAUCGAAAGAACAAGAGCAGAUACUGCGCACAACACCGUCCAUUCUGUUCGAAU